GGCCUUUGGGCUGCUCUUGGGGGAACCGGGAAUAGAGAUGGUGUCGGCAGGAAGCCCGUGGUCCCGGGUUUCCCGAGAGGGCAGUCAUUAAACACCGAAUCGGCCCCACAGCUGGCAAAGCGUUGGAGGGCUCCACUCUAGCCGGGAGGAUGAAAGGCCUCAGCUGGGGGCUCCCCGCCACCAGCACUGGGUCCUAAGAGCUGCCAUCCAGGCUGGCCGCCCGGAUGGCGACCCCAGCCUCAACCCCAGACACACGGGCUCUAGUGGCUGACUUUGUAGGCUAUAAGCUGAGGCAGAAGGGUUAUGUCUGUGGAGCUGGCCCUGGGGAAGGCCCAGCCGCCGACCCGCUGCACCAAGCCAUGCGGGCUGCUGGAGACGAGUUUGAGACCCGUUUCCGCCGCACCUUCUCUGACCUGGCCGCUCAGCUACACGUGACCCCAGGCUCAGCUCAGCAACGCUUCACCCAGGUUUCCGACGAACUUUUCCAAGGGGGCCCCAACUGGGGCCGUCUUGUGGCAUUCUUUGUCUUUGGGGCUGCCCUGUGUGCUGAGAGUGUCAACAAAGAAAUGGAGCCUUUGGUGGGACAAGUGCAGGAUUGGAUGGUGGCCUACCUGGAGACUCGUCUGGCUGACUGGAUCCACAGCAGUGGGGGCUGGGCGGAGUUCACAGCUCUAUACGGGGACGGGGCCCUGGAGGAGGCACGGCGUCUGCGGGAGGGGAACUGGGCGUCAGUGAGGACAGUGCUGACGGGGGCCGUGGCACUGGGGGCCCUGGUAACUGUAGGGGCCUUUUUUGCUAGCAAGUGAGAAAGUCUAGGGCCAGGUGGGGCUAGGUGUGGCUAGGGGCCAGGAGAGCUGGAACGAUAGCGAAUGCCCUUGGAAGAAACUGGAUGGUCAUGAAACAGAGAAAGGCAGGGGAAGGUAGUGUGUGUGGGAGCCCAGCAUGCCAGGCAGGUGGCAGGGAGAAUGAGUUGGAAACAUUAAGGAAUGUUUCAAGGACAGGAACCCAGGGGGUGGAGUCAUCCCACGGCUUGGGGGGGUGGGGGGAGGUGGGAGGAAUCACACCCAUAUCGUGGGCACACAACUACCCGGAACAUGGCUUGUAGCUCCAAGGAUGGUGAGCUUACUUCAAAGAUCUAUGUCUCUACUAGACGAAUGGGAUUUAGGGAGCCUAGAAUUCACCUCCCUUUGGGAUGGAAGCUUGGUGAUCAGGUGACUGGGUGAAAUGGCUGUGGCUGUGGGCUGCAUGGGCACACCUGUGCAUGUGCACAUGCAAGCAUGCUCAUGUGCAUGCUGGGCUGUCUGUCGAAUCUGAUGGGGUACUUAGAGAAAACAUUCCUUCUUGCUAUGGCAAGAACAAGGGCCAGUUCACUGCCCUUCUCCUCUCUGCCCCUUCCCUUGACCUUACGCCUCCAGGCUGAGGGAGGAACACUGUAUCUAGGCUAGGGCGCUGGUACUGCUGAGAGUUGUUGGCAGGACUUUGGAGAGAAGAGUUCUGCAGCUGGCCUUGUUCUUCAUCGUCCCCCUGUUGUGUGCAUCUGUGCACCCAGGCUGACACAGGGUAAGGCUGUGGAGCCUGGGUGGGUAGAAGCUUUGGUAGUUGGACUUGCCUGUCACCUUCCCCUCCAACGGUGGCACAAUGGUGCCUAAAGUGUUGCCUGUUUCUAGGACCUCUCUAUCCAGCUGAAAGUCUAAAUUGGGGCUCUAAUUUUCCUUUAGAAGAUACGGCAUAAAUGCUGAUCUACAAUUCAGUUUAAUUCCUGAACUGUCUCAGUGAGACUGGCGCUACCUUGAGAGGACCAUUCCAGCUUCGAGUCCCUUGGGAGUGAUGGGGACAGGUACUCCUUGACUGGCCUGUUCUGUGUGGUGGGGUUUGGUGCUGCUGCUUUAUCAGGGGCCAGGGAUAUGGGUUCUAGAGUACCUGCCAUGACCUAACGCAUUUUCUUUUGAAGCCAUGCUCUUUGCAUAGGUUGUCAACACUCAAGUCUCUGAAGAUGGUCACAUUAGAACUCACAGUCCAGUCCCCUAGAACAAAUCCAGACUCUAGCUUUUUCUUUUGAGGGAGGAAAUUAUUUACUCCAAAUGCAUGCCCUGAGCCAGACCUCACUGCUGCACUUCCCAAGGUGCUAACAUUGCUGCUCUUUAUGCCGACUUUGUUUCCAGUGCUCUAAAACCCUACCUGCCUCUCCUGAGCACUGACCAGCUUGGCUAGACCACAGCUGACCCACCUCUUCACUCGGUCCUAGAAUGGGGCAUCAUAUCGUGCUUGCUAGAAUGUGGGACCAAAUUGGCCUCAGGUGUUAGUCCAGACUUUGGCUUUUGAGAGAAGGUUGCACUUUUUCAUAGUGUCUAUGGGGGUGUGUGGGAGGCUGCAUGUGCCAGUUGGUCUGUUUUGAGGGUGAUGAUCUAAGAGACUCGGAGCUGUCUGUGACAAGCAGUCAGAGUGGGAGGCUCUGACUUGCUCAGGACAAGCUAGGCCAGUGGUUUUCAAACUGCUUGGCAGAGCCCCGAAGUGUCUGUCCUAGGGGUUGCCUCAGGAGUCCUUAGGAAGAUGAGGGAGUGGAGGGCUGGGCAGUUUGCCCUCAAACAGAACAGCUCCCCCUUGUAGCUGUCUUAUGUAUCGGGGUUCAGGGUAAGAUUUUAUUUGUGGUAAGGGCUUUGCUGCUGAAAAAAGUUAGAAAACCACUGACUAGACCAUCAGCUCCAACUGGAGCCUGUGCUCCUCCUAGUUCAGGGAAGGCUCUCUGCUCUACCCUUCCCACGGGACACCUACCCAAGGUAGCAUUCCUGGGGCCCUUUAGCAAACAGGAGCAGCAGGAACCAGGGUCAGGUUACCAACACGCUCUGCUCGCAAGCCUUCAGCCAGGUGGAAAGAGAGGCUGUGCUAUGACAGGCUAACGGGUUGGUCUUGGUCUGGAUUCCCAGAAGCUUAGAUGGGACCACAGUGGAGAGUUGUGACCUGUUCUGCCCUUUGUUUUAAGGGCCAGUGGAAACCCAGAGACUCUUCUGUCAGGGAAAACCAGGGACUGUCUUUUAGAGCCAUAUAGUUCCUUGGGAUUAGCUCUUGGCCAAGAAGGCUGAGUAUGGCUCCCAACUUUUAAAUCCAUUUCAUUUUUUUUAAAUAAGGGAAAUGGAUAUAAUUUUUCAGAUACUAAGUAGCUGGAGAGGAUGUUCUUGCUCUCCAAAGCCCAAAGGGACAAAUAGGGACUUUGCUUAGGCCAAGGCAAGAGCGCAAGUGGGCACUCAGUCCUGCAGUGACCAGUCCUGCUCCCCACUUACACUAGGGCAUACAUAUACUAUUUUACUUUUUUAAAUCAUAAACGGCAGGAGAACAGAUUUGGUUAGUUUAGAAGAAAAGAAAAAGCUCUAUAAAUAUAAAUAUAUAUUCCUGUAUUUUUAUUUAAUAAUUUAUAAAUGCCAAGUUCAUUUGACUUUUAUUUUUGUGUAAUAUGUAAUGGUCGUAUUAAAAAUAAAUAAAGCCCAGAAAUUUAAUGAGAAGUACUGAACAGGGUUUUGUGACUUCUAUACUGUACAGCCUGGGUUUUAGAAUGUUCCUUAAGCCAGUCAUUUCUUAUGACCUUGCUAAAGGGAAUAAUUGGAGUUAUAAGGAUUUGGGAAAGAAAGUAUUGAGGUUAAAAAAAAAAGAAGAAGAAAGAAAGGAAAAAGAAAACCACACCCACCCCACCCCUGGUCAAAUACCCAAACUCUAUACCAACCCCAGCUCCCAGAAACUGUAGGCACAUAUGGUACAUCUGGAGCCCCUACCCACAACAACCACCUCCUCAAAUAUCCUAGCUUGGUGUGGUGGCAAACAACUGCAAUCCCAGUAGUCAGGUAGAGACAGGAAGGUGGGCCACCCAGGUCUACAGGGAGGUCAAGACCAACUAAGGCUUCCUGAGACCUUGCCUCUAAACAAACGGAUAGAAAGCAAAGGAUAAUUAAUGCAUGCAGGUUGGUCUUAAGUAAUAUUCUCAAAUACAAAAGCUAGGCUGUGGACUCAGCUAUGAGUUUCCUGGCAGCCGAAGCAAUCUGGAAAACUGAGGUUCAAAGCUGUCUAGUUACUCAGACGGCAGAGUUUUCUGAAAAGAUACUUAGUGACAGAAUUGAGGGCAAAUAGAAUAGUUUGUAUCUCUGUCCUUUUAGAAACACCAGGUGGGGAUCCAGAAGGUCUUAGGUUUCUCUAUCAGCCUCAUUAUAAUUUAGGCUAAUAUGGUACUUUAUAAUGGUCUGAUUACUAAGUUUUAGACUGUCCAAAGGGACAGAUGACUGUUUUCUUUAUAUAGUUCUAUGUAAAUGCAACUCAUUCAGAUGGCACUUUUAAUAAAGUUGGGCAACACUUAGUUAUAAUUUCUGACCACUGUGGGGGUAGAGAGGUUGGGUUGGGGUAGUCCUUGCUCAUGCUAUAAAUCUCUUGCACUUCAGGAGCAAGGACUUUUAAGUGUAGAUCUGGCUGGGACUACAUAUAAUCGGCUCCAAGCCACCGGGCUGCAAGGUAAGACUCAUUGUCAGGAGAAAGAACAAAACCCAAACCCUACAGUUUC